GACUUGUACGAGGAACAAUGUCAGCCUUCAUUUGUUAAUUGUUGUUUUGAAAUGACCCGAGUCGCUCAGGGUGACCUUAGAAGCGUUCAGUCCCUCCAGCAGCCUGAACUUCACUCAGGGUCUGCACGGUGCUGUGCUGUGCCACUUCUGUCCCAGCUGGCUCAGCACAUUGYCCAUGUCAGCAGCUCUCGCUAUUACAAAAUCGGGAAAUGAACGAUGGAAACGAAAUUGUGCAGAUAACGGGGACUUUUCUGGAGAGUCAUUAUAAGUCAAGGCCAGGCCCAGGAGAUCUCUGCGUCACAGUCCAUUUCCACUGUCAACCCAAAUCCUGCCAGCAAGACACGUGAGAAAGGAAGAGCCGAGGAGAACAGAGGGAAGCGGAGCAGAGCGGGGCUGAGCCGGCGCGGCCCGGGGCGUUCCCGACAGCGGAGGAGGCGCUCGGGGAAACCGAAACUUCUCUGCUCCGCUCGGCCGGGCCAUGGCCGCCCUCAUCGAUCUCGAGCGGCUCCAGCGCGUCCUGGAGCUGCAGUGCUCCUGCUGCCUGCAGUUGUUCGCGGAGCCCGUGCGGCUGUCGGGCUGCGAUCACAGCUUCUGCCGGGGCUGCAUCCUCCGCUACUGCUCGGGGCGGGCCCGCGCCGCCUGCCCGCUCUGCCGCCGCGCCUUCGAGCUCGGCCACCUGCGGCCCAACCGGGAGCUGGCCGCGCUGCUCAGCCUCAUCCCGCGGGAGCUCAAGGAAAAGUUGGAAACGCAGGAUGAGCCGGAACCCUAUGGAGCUGCUGCCUGCAGUGACUGGUGCUCGGCGGGGCGGGGACCGGGGGAGAAGGAAUAUACAUCUCAGAUCAAAAGCCAGAUUACUAAAGAUUUCUGUUGCAUGAAGGAAUAUGUUGAAAGACAGGAGAGAAACACACUGCUGUUCAUUGAACAAGAGCAGAAAGCGGCUCAGCAGAAAAUUGAAGAGACUAUUCAGCAGCUCACAGACAUCAAAGCCCAAACUAGUGAUUUACCUGAGGAACAGAGGUGCAAAGGCUCACCUUCAGCAAUUAAUAAAAUUACACUUGAUGAGAAGCUUAAUGUUGUCAAAAGAGCUGUAGAAGAUCUUAAGAGAAAGAUGGAAGUUUUACUCUUGGACAAUUAUGCUCAGCAACUCCCACCAGUGGAACCUCCAGACUCAUAUCAGGAGCCAAGUGUCUGCUCAUCACCUCCAGAGUCUGCAGCUGAAAGUCCUGAACCAACCAUUUCCAGCCAAUUUUCUCAGUGGGCAGAUGAUGUGACCUUUGACCCCACAAGAGUACACGAGCGCUUGGCACUCACAGCCCAGAACAGGAGAGUGGUGGUUUCCAGCCACCUGACCAGUUAUGAACCAUCACCCAAAAGAUUCUGCAUCAGCCAAGUGUUGUGUUCACAGAGCUUCUCUASUGGGUGCCACUACUGGGAAGUAAUUACCAAGGACAGUGAUGGAUGGGCAGUUGGAGUUGCUCAUGAAAUGAUUGGUAAAAGGGACAAAUUGGGAAGAACUGAGCAUUCCUGGUGUGUAGAAUGGCUGGGUGCCAAAAAACAGCUGUCAGCAUGGCAUAAGGACCAGGAAACAUUAUUACACAAGGAUAAACCAUUGAAGGUUGGAGUUUUCCUGGAGCUGCAAAAAAAGACUGUGUCAUUUUACUCCAUUGCUGACAGAGAAAUGCUUUUGCACACCUUCGAAAUCAGUACCUCAGAUCCUCUCUACCCUGCUUUCUGGCUGUACAGUCUAGAAAGAAAUGGAUCUUUAACUAUAAGUCAGCCAAACAGGAGAUAAAGCCUGUUCAGAACAGGGACAACUUUGCCAAUGAUUGCAAAGGAAGGAGUAAGUAAGCUCUGAUGCUGGGGAUAAGUUUUUCUCAUGGACCUCAUUUUUCUUACACAGGAGAACAGAUAAUGCCAUUACAUUCUGCCAAGUGUGUUUUCUUUAGACAGAUCUGACUGAUUGAGGAAUGCUCAGAGGGUAAGAAUGUUAGUGAUCUUAGGUAUGAAAAUAUUUUCCUUUAGAGUAAGCACUAAAUAGGAAAUAGGCUUUGUAUUUGAGAACCUGACACAACAGUCCCAGAAGAACAUCAUCUCACUGGAACCAUAUUUUAGUCUUGCCCAGGCCRAAGGAUUGUCAGCCCUGGUGUGGUGUGGCCAUGGGAAUGGUUGURGAAGCAGAUGUUCAAGUGUGUACAUACCAGCUAAUAAAUCAUGUGGUCACUUUACUGCUCUUUUAAAGGGCCAGCAAACAGCACUGUGUCAUGGGAGUGAUCAUCUGGUCUUGCCAGGGAGCCUGAGACAAAACGAGAGGUUCUCAGUUGCCUGUGUGGGGUGAAAGGACCAGAGCUGAGGUUCUACAAAACCUGUGGACAGCUUGAUUUCUGAGAGAUCCAUUGCUUCAUGCAGGCAAACUGAAAACGGUAUUCCCAAGAAGCAAAAGCUUUUUUUUUAGGAAGACUGUGGCAUUCCAUAAUGAACAAAAUAAGUAGUUUAUGGUAAAUAAAGCAUGUGGGAUUCAACGAUCUCAUUUAGUGGAAUGCAGGUUCAUGGCUUUUGAAGUCAUUGACAGAACUGCUACUCACCUUCAGUUAUUUGCUGUCACUGAACACUCUGAUGGACUAAAUGGACAUUUUUAAGAUCUCAGGGUGGUGUCUAUCAGCAUCUCCAAGGCUGGGGUAGCUUUCCAGGAGAUUGCCAAAGCCUGGAAAAACAACAGUGACAGCUUGAACUCAGUGAAAUCCCUAACUUCCUAUAUAAGAGUUGUGCCGUAGUGCCCGGCGGCAGCAAUUUGUUGUUUGGAUUACAGCAACAGCACAUAUAAUAACACCUAACAAUGCGUAUAACAACAUGCGUAACAAAACAGUUUGGACAGUAGUUCCUUGUGUCCCUCCGUGAACAUUAGAAAGAAUUUCCUGAUGAGGUGAUUAAACAUUGGAACRGGCUGCCAGGGUGGAGUCACCGUGCCUGGAGGUGUUAAGGGRAAGA